ACCCCCACAAUGUGCACCAGGAGACUCACCCAAUCACAUCUUAGUUAUAUAGCACCUCCAUGAUUUCCCAUUCCUUUGAAAUUAAUAUACAGCUGCGUACGUAUAGUUCAUACCCCAUAUAUGAUGUAUAGAAGAAGAAUACAUACAAACCAUUGCCUAUAUAUGGAGGAAUACUAAGUAUGAUAUAUAUAUAUAUAUAUAUAUAAAAGAGGAGGGAUAAUAAAUACUACAAAGUAGCUACUUUGGCUAUGGAGGGAAGUGAUCAAGGAGUCGGUGUUCCGAGUUUCUAUGUGCUCGAAGUUAAUCCUCCUCCGCUUCCGACCCAGAUGCAGGAAGUGGAGUUCCCCCAACCAGUAGAGCAUGUUCCGACGCACGGCGGUCGUGCAAAUCCGUCGCCGAUUUCCGGUUAUUCUUUUCAGAACUCCGCCGACUUCAGUAUAAGUGAGAAGCCCCAAGAGGUGGGAACAUCUUUAGAACCAAAAGAUGGGAAUGAUCAGAUAAUUAGCUCCAGUAAGGAUGGUGCUAAUUCAUGGUGGAAGAGGUCGGCGACGACGGAGAAGAGCAAGAUGAAGGUGAGGAGGAAGAUGAGGGAGCCAAGGUUUUGCUUCCAAACUAGAAGUGAUGUUGAUGUGUUAGAUGAUGGAUACAAGUGGAGGAAAUAUGGGCAAAAGGUUGUCAAGAAUAGCCUACAUCCAAGUUAUUAUCGCUGCACCCACACUAAUUGCCGUGUGAAGAAAAGAGUCGAACGAUUAUCAGAGGAUUGUCGUAUGGUUAUCACGACGUAUGAGGGAAGACACACACAUUCUCCAUGCGACGACACGAACUCAUCUGAGCACAACUGUUUUAGCUCAUUUUGACCACUUAAUAUGGAUUGUAUUGAUCGUGUGCAGUGUUGCGAAAUCUAUAGGACAAAUUAAAUAAAUGUGCUAUUUAUAAGGUUUAUCAAAGAGAACUAUAUUAAUUUGGAAAAUUUAGAUGAGAGGAUGUGUGCUUUAGUAUUUCCAUUUACUCUUUUUCCUGCUCUAUGACUCCUAUGUAAUUAAAUAUAUAGCAGGUCACUUUUCGUCGGUUGAAUUUGUAAGAAAAAUAUGUCUCAAUAUUUUUUUAUUUUUG